AUAGAUAUCGCAAAUCACAUUUGUAGUCGACUGGCAUUUGUUUAUUUACAUAUUUAUUUGUAAAAAUCGUCGAAUAUGACUCGUCACGCACGUAAUUGCACCGCCGGAGCUGUUUACACGUAUAAUGAGAAGAAACGCGAUGCUGCCGAAUCCGGAUAUGGCACAAAUGCCAAGCGCCUUGGCAAAGAUUCAGUGAAAUCUUUCGACUGCUGCUCGUUGACUCUGCAGCCGUGCAGAAAUCCUGUGGUCACCAAAGACGGCUACCUCUUCGACAAGGAGGCCAUUCUGCAGUACAUUAUCACCAAGAAGAACGAGUACAGCCGCAAGCUGAAAGAGUACGAGCGUCUGCGUCGCAUCGAAGAAAACGAAGUGACCCAGGAAGCCAAUCAAAAGCAACUAGCUCGCAUGGAGAAAUUCGUGAAUGCCGAGAAGCCAACCACAACUCCCGCACACAAGCCGAACACAACAUUGUUCAAGUCCACAAAGUUGGAUGAUAAGCCCAGCACAUCGUCAGCAGCCAGUGCCAGCUCAGCCAGCUCCAUUUCCAACAUGACCAACGGACACGAAACUAAGCUGCCCAGCUUCUGGCUGCCCUCCGAGUGCCCUAAUGCAGGCGUUGCCAAAGCGCAGGCACCCGAUCCUACCAUCUAUUGCCCCGUCUCACAGAAACCACUUAAAGUCAAGGACCUAAUCGAUGUCAAAUUCACACUGCUCAAGGAUGGGGACAACAAACGUUCGCUCAUUGCCAAGGAGGCGCGCUACAUGUGCCCCAUCACACACGAUGUCCUCAGCAAUGCGGUGCCCUGUGCCGUGCUGCGUCCCACUGGCGAUGUGGUUACGAUGGAAUGCGUCGAGAAGCUCAUACGCAAAGACAUGAUUCAUCCCCUCACCGACCGCAAGCUUAAGGAAAAGGACAUUAUUCCACUGCAACGUGGCGGAACGGGUUAUUCAUUUACCAACGACAAUCUGCAAGCCAAGGAGCAGCGACCGAUGCUGCAGGUUUAAGCCCAGUACGAAUACAAAUUAACUAAUUAGUUUAAC